CCUUCGCUGGAGAGUUCAUCGAGGUCAUCUGGGCACGGAUCUCAGGAUUGAAUGCAAGAUCAAGGAAGAUUCCUGCGACUAUUCUCUGCGUAUCAGUGUCGCUGUGGCGAGCUGCGUGGCAAAGAUCCUGGAGCCUGGAAUACAAGAAAGGGCCUCCACAGAAUGUUCCUGGGUGGCAGUGUCACUAGACAGAGCCAUACUGAUCAGGAUUUCAAGUCCACCAUCCGCAACUAUACGGAACUUAUUGUCAUCUCCACAUGAAGCUAGUGUUGCUAAUUCAUAUGCAGCAAUACGACGAUCUUUUACCCUGAAGAAUCAAAAUGGAAUCAAUUCCAGAACAGCACCCAUACAAUUAUAGAUGCAAUCAAAAGGGACAGUCCAUGAAUCCCAAAGAAUAUUGCUGAAAACACCACCUGAUGGCUGCAAUCAUCUACAAACUCCCAAUCCUUGCACCCAUGAUUCUGAAAAACAAAUGCCUGAUAUGCAUACUAAGUUCCAGCAAGAAUAGACAAAAACACUUUGAAUUAGUGCAAAAAUGUUAAAUUUUUUUUGAACAACCCUCGUAAAUGUGAAAUUUAUCUAGCAUAAAAAUAGAAAAUUGACUCAUACUCAAUAAAAAUAUGUAGAGGGUCUCCCACUUGGUUGUCUAUUAUUAGCACAGUAUGCCUAGCUGUAUAUAUAACUAAUAAUAAUUACCACAAUCCUGAUCCAUUCGACCACACAGAAGUAGACAGAAGCAGCAGCAUUAAACAGAGCCCCCAAUCCAUAUAUCACACAGAACCAGACUUUGCUGCAAUAAUAAAAGCAAUUUGCUUUAUAAUAAGUAACACAGGAUUUUAACAUGUGAUAUUAUAAUGUCACAGUCAGGGCUGUAGCAAGGGGUGGAUUCUAGACACCCCCCCCCCCCCCAAGUAAAGGCUGCCUAUUGGCCUGGCAGUUUCUACACCAGUGAUGCAAAUAUACAGAUGCCAAUAAUGUCUCAACACACUUGUUCAUAUCUUUGUUAUUAGGAUUCUUAAAUCUUUUUUCAGAUAAUCUGGAUAUCAAAGGAUUGUCCUGAAAUAAAGUCAGAUCUGUUUGACCUUUUUGAAAAUAGACAUG